AUGCUCCGUCGUGAAGAAGGACAGAGGAGACAUUUGACGGGAGGAUAUUCAUUAGGCGAGUAUUUCGCAGCGAGUGUGGACGGAUUCUUCAAAAGGCAUGGAUAUCGCGAACAAAAUAUGGUGAUUCUAGCAUUCUUGCAAUCGGGAACGGUGCACACCUUUGCUAGACUGAAAAAGCGACCCCGCGGAUUUGACAUGAAAUACGCCGUGAUGGGUGGUGCUGCAGUGAGCCUCGUCGGAGACGAUCCGACUAGGACAUUUGAGGACGUGGACAUUGUUAUCCAUGCCAAAGAUCCCAAAAUCACAGCAGAAUAG